UUCAUUUCAUUCAAUCAUAAAUUUAUUUUCUUUCUUGCAAAACGAAAUGUUUUGUAUCGAAAUUAAAACGUAAUUACCUAGCGAUUGCAUUGGUUUUGAUAAAAUAGCUAUUGCUUGCAAGUAAUUUAUUUUUAAUCAGAAACGAAUCAAGUUGCAACUAUGUGGAAAACUUAACUGUGUCGACCUUGUGUAUACCUACAUGGUUUCUUGGACUGAAGGAAAAGUGGAUUAUUCUCUUCUUUACCGUUAAACUGAGUGUCAAUAAUUCCCUUACUCUCUGCUGUUUCUCAAGUUUCUCUGCAUUCAAAAGACUAGAUGAAUUUAAAGCAUUAAAUACAAAGUUUUAUUUACUAGUAUGUUUACAUAUGUGUGUGGUAAAGACCACCUGGAGAUCAGGAGACAGAAUUCACCAUGACUAUGUACCCCACGUCCGGAGCGGUAGCAGCGUCUCAGGGAGCGAUCAGCCAAGUCUCUCAAAAUGGAAGCAUUACUCUUCCCCGUUCACAUCAUCAAAGAACAGGCAAACCACCGGCAGCACCAAAGUCAUAUGACUAUCUGCUGAAAGUCCUGUUAGUAGGGGACUCUGAUGUUGGAAAGCAAGAGAUCCUUCAAGAUUUAGAGGAUGGUUCAGCCGAUUCUCCAUUUUGCAGUGGCAGCGCAUACAAAACAACAACUAUCCUUCUUGAUGGGAAACGAGUGAAACUCCAACUGUGGGACACAUCGGGACAAGGGAGGUUCUGCACGAUCAUCCGCUCGUACUCGCGGGGCGCGCAGGGUAUACUGCUGGUUUACGAUAUCACAAACAAAUGGUCCUUCGACAGUAUUGACAGGUGGCUAGAGGAGGUUGAAAAGCAUGCUCCAGGAGUACCCAAAGUACUGGUUGGGAACCGACUACAUUUAGCUUUUAAGAGGCAAGUGCAAGAGCGCGACGCGGAAUUAUACGCGGCUAAGAAUCACAUGGCGUUCUUUGAAGUGAGCCCGCUGUGCGACUUCAAUAUCAGGGAGAGUUUCUGCGAGCUGUCCAGAAUGGCGCUACAUCGGAAUGGGAUGGAGAGGUUAUGGAGAAGCAAUAAAGUAUUAAGCCUCCAAGAGCUGUGCUGUCGCGCGAUAGUGGCUCAAACCUCAGUGUACGGACUAGAGCGGUUGCCGCUGCCUACCACGCUGAAGUCCCACCUCAAAUCCUACGCCAUCUCGGCCGCGCCCAGCCGCCACAGAGCGCGGGCCACCAAGCAUCCCCACCACGCGCGCCUCAACUGCACCGGGAGAAACUCCUGCACGAUAGUCUGAACUCUAUGGUUCAUACUCGGGAUUGUCGAUGGUUAGAUAGUGAUGUGCAUUCCAUACAGACGGAUAGACAGUGCCUAUAUUUAAUUUUUAAAACGUCUUCGAAAUUAUAUACAAUAAGAGGCAGAAAUAUUUGGUGAUCAACCACAAAUUUGCUACCUAAAUAGUACUGUGUGAAAAAUAACUAUCAAUAUCAUGAUUGCAUAUAAACCUAAAAGUCGGCUAGGGCUUUUAGCUUGAGCAUGGCUGCAUGUAAAACAAAGAAAGCAUGGUCGACCGCUUGUUCCUUAGCAGUUGCCUUAGUCAGUUAAAAGAAAAAGUACCGCCAAAUACACUGGACAGAUUUUUUCUUAAAUUUGUCAUUAAUAUCGAAUUUUUUAUAUGAACAUGGGAAUGUAGCUGGGCGCUGUAAAGUAUUUUGUUACUGUGACUUUAAAUAUUAGAUUUAAAGAUUGUCGGAUAAAUUAAAAUCCCAGUAUGGAUGCAUAGAGUUCAGGUAUUAUUUAGAGUAGUAUAUCCUAAAAGUAUUUUUUAUACUUUCUCACUUAUUUCGUGUUAUAAGUAUACUAUGCAACACUAAUCUGACUGCCAAUUGUAAGUACCUAUAUCUAUUUAUAAAACUAAAAUAAAUGAUCAUUACCUACUAUGCAAUUUCACGUUAGUACUGUGUCAAAAAUUGUCCAACUUUAAUUGAAAACAAGACACGCUAUCUUCUUUGACCAUUGAAUACUCACUGCUGAAAACGCGCCCAGUGUGUGUAGGGAAAAAAGGGACACUAAAAAUAUUUGUACUCAACUCAAUGCAACUAAAUCAGUUUCAUUUUUUUUUUAAAUUUGUUAUGUAGAGCUUGAAUUUAUUGGUCUACUGUACUAGACAAAAUCGUUUUCUUUAUGUCUGUUGUCUGUCUGUAUGCGACGGAUUUUAAUACAGUUUUCGUUUUUCGUAAAAUCAAUUUUUCAUUGAAAAAUAUUCAGUACAGAUUAUAACCUAAUAAUAUGCGGUUAAAUCCAAAACUAUGUGAAAAAACAAAAGUUUGCUAUGAAUUUGUAAAUAAAGAAAUACUAUCUAUAGACCCGCUAGGCGCGUUUUCGCAAUCUGGUGUUGACAUGCAGGCUGUAACUGACAACGGAUUUGUGACUAGAAAUAAGUUUUGUUACUUAACAGAUAUAAUAAUGUGAAUAUAAGUGUUAUUUAAUUAUAAAUGAUAUGUGAAUAUUUUGUUGUAAGGCAACUAGCUCCUCGUUUGUCCACAUUAAUGAUACAAACUACUUUAACUUACUAAUACGUUUCUAGUAAUGUAAGGAGGGCUAGUGUUGUUAACUGGUGAUAUGGAAGUGAAAUAAAAUGAAAAUUCUUUUCAUCAAAAUGUGUAAAAGGUCGAUUGCUACUCUUGUCUCAGGGACGUCAUUCGC